AUGGAAGACAAAAAAGACAACGGAAUCAUUCUCGAGCAAAUGAAAAAGUACAUGGCAGAAGUUAAAGGCGGAGAGACAAGAUUCAACCAAAUUUUGCUCGGAAUAAACGAGCACUACAAAGAAGUCGUUGCAGGAAAGACCCCGCUCAAAUUCUCCGAAGUUCUGAAAAUCAUGCUCGGAGAGAACGCAGUAAGCACCUUCCUGGAGAAGACAACUUGGAUCUCAGACUCUGCUGCUAUAAAGGCGGUUAUAUUUGUCCUCAGCAUAAUCCUUUCACUCAUUGCAUUCGCAUCCUUUAAAAUUAUAUGUAGGACUUACAACCAGCCAAAAGCACUUGCUCUUGGGCUGCUCGGAGCUGCAGUUGGAGCAUUCUUUGUGGGAAAGGAUAAAAUCAUCGCAUCAGCAAUGGUUGCAGCUGCCGUUUCAUUCUGCAUCUUCGUUCUGGCAUUCUCUAUCCCGGAGAUUCGCAUCCUAUGGAUCUCAUUCGGGCCUUUUACAGGGAUGAUUUGGGCAGCUAACAAGUACGCCAUAUUUUCAAAGCUAGACCUGAUUGUGAUAGCAAUUCUCACCCCCACCAUGAGUGCAAUGGGCAUUCUAGAAGGACUUUCUACUGUUUUGACCGAUAACCAAGCUUUCUUCUUCUGGGGAAGGAUAGUUACAACCCUCCUUUUUGGAGCCAGCCUGGGAGCUUGCUACUACUUGAAGAACAGAGCUGACGUGGGAAUGGCCAAGUCGCAGGACAAAAAGACAGACUCAGAGGAGAAGAAGGCCGUGCACGAUCUGAUAAAGAAGAAGAAGCUUUCCGAGCACUUUUCUAUGGGGCUAGGCUCUGGAGUUGUCAUAGUUUUUGGGUUAUUUGGAUUUGGGGCUCUCCUGGGGGGGUUGUCUACAGGCUAUUUUGUUUGUAAUUUCCGCUGA